AUGGAUCGACUUCUGCGGUUGAGUGGAUUCCCGAAUUUUGUUUCACGUGCAACUCCAGAGGAUGUUUUGCGUCAUCCAGACACCGGUGAGAUUGUUUACAUAUCAUCGCUUGCUCUGCUCAAAAUGCUUCGUCACGGACGUGCCGGUGUUCCGAUGGAGGUGAUGGGUUUAAUGCUCGGCGAAUUUAUUGAUGAUUACACGGUGAAUGUUGUGGAUGUUUUUGCAAUGCCUCAGUCUGGAACGGUUCGUUUUAAUAGGGAGUCAUUGAUUCUGACUCGAGAUUAA